AUGGCACCAACAUCUUCUACUCCAUUGAAAAAUUUCGAUUACUUAGUCAUUGGUGGUGGAUCCGGUGGUGUUGCUAGUGCACGUAGAGCCGCCAAAUACGGAGCAAAAGUAUUAUUAAUCGAAGCUAAAUUGAACAAGUUAGGAGGUACUUGUGUCAAUGUUGGAUGUGUACCUAAAAAGGUCAUGUGGUAUGCUGCAGAUUUAGCUCACAAGAAACAUGACUUGUUCCCUUAUAAAUUGUCAAAAACGGAAGAAACAGUCAAACAUGGAGAUUUUGAUUGGGCUGGUUUCAAGCAAAAACGUGAUGCUUAUGUUCAUAGAUUAAAUGGAAUUUAUGAAAAUAACUUGAAGAGAGAAAAAGUUGAUUACGUAUUUGGAUUUGCUCAAUUUAUCAAUGAAAAGGGCGAUGUCGAAGUUACAUUAAGCGGAGAACAGAAAUUGCCAUUUUUAGGCGACGCUGAAAAAGAUUACAAGAAGAAUGAGAAACUUGUAUUUUCGGGUGACAAGAUUCUUCUUGCUACUGGUGGUACACCAAUCGUUCCACCUAAAGUCGAAGGAGCUGAAUUAGGUACUACAUCCGAUGGGUUUUUUGAAUUGGAUUACCAACCUAAGAAAGUUGCCAUUGUUGGUGCAGGAUACAUUGGAGUUGAAUUGUCGGGAGUCUUCAAUGCUUUAGGAACUCAAGUUGAUUUCGUAAUCAGAGGUGACACUGUGUUGCGUUCAUUUGAUGAUAUCAUUCAAAAUACAAUCACUGAUUAUUAUACUGAUAAGUUAGGAAUCAACAUCAUUAAACAAAGUGGCGGUGUUGUUAAAGUUGAAGGUGAAAAAUCGGGAACUAAGAAAGUGACUUUGGGUAAUGGAACCGUCCUUGAAGUUGAUGAAUUGAUUUGGACAGUUGGUAGAAAGAGCUUGAUUGAUUACGGAUUGGAUAAAGUUGGUGUUAAACUUGAUUCAAAUUUAAAAGUUGUUGUUGACAAAUACCAAGUUACAACAAACCCCAAAAUCUUUUCCCUUGGUGAUUUGAUCGAAGAAGCUGAAUUGACUCCGGUGGCCAUUGCAGCUGGUCGUAGAUUAUCCAAUAGAUUAUUUGGUGGUGAACAAUUUGCUAAUGAUCAUUUAGAUUAUACCAAUAUCCCAUCAGCAAUCUUUUCUCAUCCAGAAGCAGGAUCAAUAGGAUUGUCUUCAAAACAUGCCAUUGAUAAAUAUGGCGAAUCAAAUGUCAAGAUUUACAAUUCUAAAUUCAAUGCCAUGUAUUAUGCUAUGAUGGAUAGCGAUUUGGAUAAAGCUCCUACUGCUUAUAGAAUUGUUUGUGCUGGUCCUGAGGAGAAAGUUGUUGGAUUACAUAUUGUUGGUGAUAAUAGUGGAGAAAUUUUACAAGGAUUUGGUGUUGCUAUUAAAAUGGGAGCUACAAAGAAGGAUUUUGAUAAUUGUGUUGCUAUUCAUCCAACCUCAGCUGAAGAGUUGGUUACAAUGACGUAA